AAAUUGCAUCGAUUAAUCUUGCAGCCCUGAGUGCAGGCUAACAGCUGAGUUGCAGUUGCGCAUUUUACAAAGAGUUCAACAAUUUAUUGUACACAAAUCAAGUCUGAUUUAUAUAUUUGUAUAUUUUAUUAUAACCAACGGCAUUAUUUGUAUGUAGUUUUAUAAAGCAUUUAAACAGUCAGUUUCAAGUGUAUCUGGAAUUGAAAACAAAGAAACUCGCUCAAUCGCUGGCUCUGUGUGUGGGAGUUGUUGCGGAACAAAGUAGAGAGCACAAAAAACGUUGCUGAUAAAUCAACAGCUGCAGCAUUUGGAGUGGAUAUCUAAUAGUGAGACAUGUCUAAAAUUAUUUCUCAAGAGACAUUCGACGAUGUUGUCCAGGAAAAUGUGGUCGAAUUCGCAAUGAGUCCCUCCGAGGCCAAGGAGGAGACAAUAAAGCAAUUUGAAGCACAAGGCAUUAACCUCGUUAACAUUAUAAAAGAUUUGGCCAUAAAUCCUGAUACGGGUAAGCCAGUUAUCAAUGAAACGGUGGCCAAAAUACAGAAACACAUUAACGAAAAAAACGAAGACAAAGCACAACUUACGGAACUUCUCGCCAUUUUGGAUCAGGAAUGUAAGAAGUCGCUCGCCCAUCGCGUGCUCGCAGGAAAACUUGGUGCACACGAUGCACUUGUCCAACUGCUGGAGCAAACGCUGGCCGUGGAGCCAUUGGAAACAGAAUUGCUGUGCAAAUGCUUGCAGGCCGUAAAUAGUUUAACGCACAAACAACCCGAUUUAUAUGAUCCCAAGGCGAUGGGUGUAGUCCUUCAAUUGCUAGCACUGGAGAAUCAAUUGGAAGUGACAUGCCUCACGCUGCAAUGGCUGCAAAAGGCGUGUAUUAUGCACGAAAUGAAUCGACAGAGUAUUAUGGCUAGCAAUGCCGUCAAGGCAAUGAAACCGCUGCUGGUUAAGGCCAAUCCUCGGCUGUUAAGGGAGUUGACUGCAGUGCUGAGAUUCCUUGUGCUGGACGAUGAUAUUCGUGUGGAGUUCGGCUGUGCCCACGAGCAUGCGCGACAGAUAGCGAACGAAAUGUUGCUCGAGCUCGUGGAGCUGUUGCCCGCCUAUGAGGAUGCCAAUGUUCUGGCCGACUUGAUGCUCACCCUUGGCACGCUGGCAGUGCGACAGGAGCUGUGCACGGUCAUCGACGAUGCCGGCGGUCUGAAGAUUAUCUUCGAUAUAAUGCGCAAUAAUUUGAAUGAGGAGCGUCUAAAUCGCGAGGCGCUAAAACUCCUACGUGCCCUCGCCGGCCAUGAUGCUGUAAAGGCGCACAUUGUGCAGCAGGGCGUGGCACCGAUUAUCAAACAACUUAUUGAGACGCAUCAGACAAACGAGAAUAUUCUCACGGCUGCCUUAGCUUGCAUCACGACGCUUACGUUGCGCGUCAAGGAACAUAGCGCUGCCUUCUUUGAAACAGGAAUUGCUGAGAUUAUUGUGGAGGCGCUGCGUCAACACCCCAAGAAUAAGAUACUCCAGCGCAAUGGCGCUUGGGCCAUACGCAAUAUGGUUUCCCGUUCACGCGAUCAAUGCGAUACUUGGCUAUCAUUUGGCGUUGAGGAUUUGCUCAAUGCGGCCAUGGUGGAGCAUCCGUCGGUGGCGCAGGAUAUCAAGGCUGCGCUGCGAGAUCUUGGCUGCAAUGUGCAGUUGCGCGAAGAAUGGACCGGCACGGCGGAAAAGAAAAUUGCCGCAUAAUAGAAAAAA